AUGUCAAAGAAUUCAAAGGGUUUUGUAUUUGUCAGAGCAUUCUCUGUGAGGAAAACAUAUAACAGACUCAUAGCGCCCACAACUUCAAGGGAUUUAUCAUGUAUUCACGGCAUCAGAGUAUUAACCAUUGUUUGGAUAUUGUUUGGACACACCCGGAGCUUUCUUGGGAAGGAGUUGUUGACAAACCCGACGGCACAGCCGCUACUGAAUGGAGAGUACGGUGUCGUCACUUUCCUACUUAUCAGCGGAAUUCUCACUAAUUAUAUCGCACUGUCGGUAACCAAAGGCGAUGUCAAGAGAUUCAAUGUUGUGCUAUAUAUUGUGUUACGUUUGGCCCGACUUUUGCCACAAUUAAUGAUAUUUAUAUUAUUGACAUUUUUGUUACCACUGUUGGGUUCGGGCCCUCUUUGGGCUGAAGUGGUCGGC